UUUGAACUGUUCGUACACUCGAGCUCGAGUAGCGGCAGGGCUCGUCUUUGCACGACACCCACACCAGCCAGAUCGGUGGUGUGUGGUACACCAACCAACCCACUUCCCAAAUCGACACAACAUCGCCAGGGUGGCGUUGGCAACAGCACCUGAUUCGCGUCAAGUCAAAAUCCGUCUCUCCGCCAACGACUCGGAUACUCGUUAAACUACGCCCCUUUUCACCUAUCUUGCGCCUUUCCCUCGGCAUCCCUCUCUACUCUGCUCGCCGGGUGCGCAUGGCGAAAACCUUCACCACCCGAUCUACUCUCGGCCUUACCAAGCCUGCUCCCAGUGUCAUUCCUCAGAUUGCUUUUUCUGCAAAAGAGAUCGAAUUUUCAGAAUGGAAAGGAGACUUGCUUGCAGUUGCCGUGUUGGAGAAAGACAUGUCUAAAGACGAGAGUUUCAAGUUUAAGAAUGCAAUUCUGAGAAGGCUAGAUAUCUUGCUUGGUGGUCUGUUGGGUGACACAUCAGCAGAGGAGGAUUUUGCUGGAAAAACUGGGCAGCUAACACUUAUCAGGCUUCGCGAAUCAGGUUUCAGAAGGAUUGGCUUGUUUGGACUUGGGCAGUCCACACUUUCCCCUGCGCCGACCACCUAUCAAGGCCUUGGAGAGGCCAUUGCAGCAGCUGCUAAAGCUGUCCAAGCAAGUAAUGUUGCUGUUGUUCUUGCUUCAUCCGAGGGGUUUUCUGAAGAUUCCAAGCUCAACACUGCUUCUGCAAUAGCAUCAGGAAUCAUGCUCGGUGUUUAUGAAGAUGAGAGGUUUAAGACAGAAUCCAAGAGGCUAUUGCUCAAGUCAGUGGAUAUUCUUGGUCUUGAAGCUGGAGCUGGAAUAGACAGCAAGCUCAGGUAUACGGGUGAUGUUUGCUCUGGGGUGAUUUUGGCAAGAGACCUUGCAAAUUCACCUGCGAAUGUACUUACACCUGGAAUGAGGAUGACUGAGGGUUCUGCUAUUGACUUAAAUUUUAUUGCUCCUCUUCUAGUUGUACUGGCAGAUGAGGCUUCAAAAAUUGCCUCCAUGUAUGAUGAUGUUCUUACAGCAACGAUAUUGGACGAGGAUCAAUGCAAAGAAUAUAAGAUGGGUUCGUAUUUGGGCGUUGCAGCUGCAUCUGCGAACCCCCCUCGUUUCAUCCACAUCCAUUAUAAACCUCCAAAUGGGCAAGUGAAAGCCAAAUUGGCAAUAGUUGGGAAAGGACUGACGUUUGAUAGUGGUGGCUACAACCUUAAGACGGGGCCAGGCUGUUUUAUUGAGCGCAUGAAGCUUGAUAUGGGAGGUUCUGCAGCAGCUCUCGGUGCAGCAAAAUCCAUAGGGCAAAUUAAACCGCCAGGAGUAGAGGUCCAUUUCAUUGUUGCUGCUUGUGAGAACAUGAUCAGCGGUACUGGCAUGAGACCUGGGGAUAUAAUCACAGCUUCUAAUGGAAAAACGAUUGAGGUCAAUAAUACUGAUGCAGAAGGUAGACUGACGCUUGCAGAUGCUUUGGUUUAUGCUUGUAAGCAAGGUGCUGAGAAGGUAGUUGAUCUGGCAACGCUAACUGGGGCAUGUGUAGUUGCCCUUGGGCCCACUAUUGCCGGAGUAUUCACACCAAGUGAUGAGCUAGUGAAGGAGCUUCUUACAGCUGCAGAGGUCACUGGGGAGAAGUUUUGGAGGAUGCCAUUAGAGGAUAGCUAUUGGGAGUCGAUGAAAUCAGGAGUGGCAGACAUGGUUAACACUGGAGAACGCCCAGGUGGUGCUAUCACAGCUGCACUUUUCUUGAAACAGUUUGUUGAUGAGAAGGUCCAGUGGCUUCAUAUUGACAUGGCAGGCCCCGUUUUGAACGAGAAGAAGAAAUCUGCCACGGGAUUUGGGGUCUCGACGUUGGUGGAAUGGGUUCUGAAAAAUUCAUCGUCUUAGCUUCUGGCAGAAAUUCUCCGAAAUCGGCAUAAACCUCCUGUAUAGGAAUAGGUGAUAAAAAAAGCUCAAAUGGGUUGUGAAUAAAAAGAUGGAUUGGAAUGGGAGAAAUCUGCAGUGAAUGUGUGUAGUUUAUUUAUAUUGUUAAAGGCAUCUUCUGCUGUUCAUAAGAUCUCAGAAAUGUUAGGAUCAAAUGACAUCUUCUUGGGAGUGAAUGCAUGAAAAUUGAAAGCA